CUGGCUCUUAUGAUUUCCAAUCCUCUUGAUUUCUAACCUUCUACUCUCGAUUAUUGUCUGCUGGAACAUGGAGUUUGUCGCAGUCUCGUGCACAGAGCCAACCGAGAAUAUAUAACCACCCCCCAACAACCUGCAGACCCAGUAGAAUUCAGUACACACAUCAAACAGCGACUUCAGUUUCUACAUCACCGAGCAAAAGUAUCUCAUCAGCAUGACGGCAAUUCUAGUCACCGGUGCCACAGGCAAACAAGGAGGCUCGUUGAUUAAAAGCCUUGUCACCAAGAAUGCACCUUAUGAAAUCCUGGCAGUCACACGAAACUCCCAGUCCACAUCAGCACAGCGACUCAGCCAACUAUCUUCGAAGAUCAAACUAGUCGAGGGCAAUCUGGACAACCCGGCCGGGAUAUUUAGCAAUGCGCACAAAGUAACCCAAGCCCCAAUCUGGGGUGUCUUCAGUGUUCAGGUCGCGAUCGGAAAUGGCGCGCAGGAAGAAGCCCAAGGCAAGGCACUGGUCGACGAGGCGCUGAAGCAAAACGUGAAGUUUUUCGUGUACAGCUCCGUGGAUCGAGGCGGCGAUGCAUCGUUCAGGAACCCGACCGAUAUUCCUCACUUCCAACACAAGCACAACAUCGAGCAUCACCUGGUGGAGAAGUCCAAGAACACCGAGAUGAAGUGGUUCAUUCUGCGCCCGACAGCCUUCUUCGAGAACUUGGUGCCCGGACUUUUUGGCAAGGUCUUUGCUACGUGCUUCAAGAUGGCGCUCAAGGGCAAGCCGUUGCAGUUGGUGGCUACCAGCGAUAUCGGAUACUUUGGUGCGGACGGUUUCCUGCAUCCCGAAGCAUGGGCAGGGAGGGAUCUCUCACUGGCAGGCGAUGAGAUCACUUACGAUCAGAUGGCGAAGAUCUUUCAGCAAAAGACGGGACAAUGGAUGCCGUCCACUUUUCGAGCACUCUGCUCGCUGUUCAUGGCGUCGAUGAAAGAUAUGGGAUACAUGUUCAAGUGGUUCCACGAUGAGGGGUACAAGGCUGAUAUCCCCGAGUUGAAGCGCUUGCACCCCAAUUUGAAGGAUUUUGGGACUUGGUUGGAGACGGAGAGCGAGUUCAAGAUGAAAUGAUGAUGGGGGUACUUGGACUCUGUUUUGCAAAACCUUCUGCACGAUUCAUGUAUAUUAUGCUUGCUGGAUACCUGGACUUCCUCUAAUCAUGUUCUCGUAGUAAUUCUAAUUCGAC